GGAUCUAGAGUCUAAAAACUCGGAAAAUAAGUGCGCAAGAACUGAUGACGCUUACACGCGCUACACACAAAGGUUUCAAAAUGGCAGAACACAUGGAGCAGACAUCAGUGAGCACUACAUCAGAAUCCUCAGCCAAGCCUGGGGAAACCCCAGGGUCCAUCCCAGCAGGAGAUAUGACUUCCAAGGACUACUACUUUGAUUCCUAUGGACAUUUUGGGAUACAUGAGGAAAUGUUGAAAGAUGAGAUCCGAACUAUGACCUACAGGAACUCCAUGACCCACAACACUCACCUGUUCAAAGGGAAAGUUGUUCUGGAUGUUGGCUGUGGCACUGGGAUUCUCUCCAUGUUUGCUGCUAAAGCUGGAGCUGCCAAAGUGAUAGGGAUUGAAUGUUCCAGCAUAAUUGAGUAUGGUCAAAAAAUUGUGGAAGCAAAUAACUUCAGCAAUGUGGUGACACUUGUGAAGGGAAAGGUGGAAGAGGUUGAGCUCCCGGAUGGCAUCGAGAAAGUGGAUAUCAUCAUUAGUGAGUGGAUGGGCUACUGUCUGUUUUACGAGUCAAUGUUACAGACGGUCAUCUAUGCCAGGGAUAAGUGGCUGAAACCAGGUGGUCUGAUAUUUCCAGACCGAGCAACACUGUACGUGGCCGCUAUUGAGGACCGUCAGUAUAAAGACGACAAAAUCAACUUCUGGGACAGUGUGUAUGGGUUUGACAUGAGUGCCAUUAGAAAGGUCGCAAUCUCGGAACCGCUGGUAGAUGUAGUGGACCCAAAGCAGGUGGUGACAAACUCCUGUCUAAUCAAGGAAGUGGACAUUUACACCGUCCAGGAGAAGGACCUGGACUUCACUGCUCCAUUUCACCUUCAGUGCCGGAGGAACGACUACGUACAUGCGUUAAUCACAUUCUUCAACAUAGAGUUCACCAAAUGUCACAAAAGAACAGGAUUUUCUACAGCUCCUGAGGCCCACUACACACAUUGGAAGCAGACUGUGUUUUAUUUUGACCAGAUGGACUUGACUGUGAAAAAGGGAGAAGAAAUCCAAGGAAGUGUUCAUGUCAAACCCAACAAAAGUAAUAAGCGUGAUCUGGACUUUACCAUUGAUGUGGAUUUCAAGGGAGAACUGUCAGACAUGAAAGACACCAUGCAUUACAAAAUGCGGUAAAAAGACUGAAUUUGUCUCCCAUGGUAACAGUACUAAGCUUCCUUUAAUAGGAGGAAAGCCCCAUGGCAAAGAGAUAAGAAAAACAUUGAUGGUGUCCAAACUGUCACAUGUAUGAAACUCAAGCCAUUUAUGGAAAAAAAAUCAUUGUUUUUGUAAUCUGAUGUUUUAGCAGAAUUAAAUGCUUCAGAGUAUCAUAUGUAUAAUUUUAGAAUUAAUAUGUAAAAACGUUCACCACCACCUAAUUUUUAAUCUUAAAUAUGUAUGUUCUCCACUGUGGUAUUGAAAGCAGGCAUGUGUUUUCGAAUAUAUUUUGUCACAUGUACAUGUAGUAAACAUACGACUAAAUGUCACAGGCGUUGUACCAAUUGCUUUUGUGAAAUACUGUAAACAUUGUCAUUGCUACGUAUUUUCAAUUAUAUGUCAAAUUUGAGGGAUAAACUUCUGCAUUAAUCUGUUUCUUCAUGGGAAUUUCUAGAUUUUUAUUUUAUUUUUUUCGUUUUAGUAUUUACUGUAGUAAUGCAAUAGUCAACGUGCGUGAAUUUCCAUGUUUGCAGUUUAUUGUUUAAAGUAUGUCAGAAAGUAAGUGCACUGAGCAUAAAUUGUCGGAUAGUGUAGCUUUUGAAGUGUAUGUGUAGGACUGUACAAAAACGGAAUUGUACAUAUUACAACAGCUGUAAUGUUACGCCAUAAAGACCCAGACAUAUGGAAGUGAAAGGGAGAUCACUCCUCUGCUGUGUCGUUACUGCCUCUGUUGUGAAUAUUGAUGAAAUAAAUGACAAUUUGUUCCUGCCAACUGAAUGCUCCCACUAGCAUCAGUGCCUCAUCAUAAAUAAAUCAUUGCAAGUCAAA